AUGGCGCGCAACACCCGCGCCGCUGCGCGCGCCCAGCAAGCCGCUGAAGAGAUCGCAGACCACGACGAGAACAACGCCGCCGUCGAUGAGUCGUCCGAGCGUCCCGAAACCCCGGCCGCCAUUGAGGAUGCGCCCCGCGAGCCGCUGAGCCCGGCCGCCGUGAACAAGAGCGCGCCUGCGCCUGAGGCUGAGGAAGACGAGGCUGAGGACAAACCGAGAACGAGAGCAACGAGAGGCGGGCGCAAGAAGAAAGCCCAGGGUGAGCCCGCGCCCGAACCCGAGGCUGAAGCUGUGCCUGAAGCAGAGGUUCAGGCGGGCCUGUCAGGAGAAGAGGAAAUUGCCCCCACGCCGGCGCCAAAGAGGACGCGGUCCACGAGGAGUCGCAAGGCAAAGGCUCAAGAGCCCGAGCUCGAAACCGAGCCUGCGCAUGAAGCUGAGCAAAGCCAGGCUGAGGAAGACAACUUGCCCGCCCCCAAGCCGACACCAGCGCCGAAGAGGACUAGGUCAACAAGAGGGAGGAAGGCGAAGGCUCCGGCACCCGAACCGGAACCGCAGACGGAGGAAGAUUUCAAAGCCCAAGGCGAGGAGCCCGUUGAGCCCGAGGCUGUUGAGGCUGCCCCGGUAGAGGAAUCAAAGCCGACUCCUGCGCCAAAGAGGACGAGAUCCACGAGAUCCAAAAAGGCAAAGGCGCCGGAAUUGGAGCCGGAAAUCGCCAAUGAGCCUGACACCCUUGAGGAGUCUGUGUCGCAGCCUGAUCCCACCAAGGAAACUCCACAUGGAGCACUUGUCCAAGAAGAGGAUGCACCGGCUGUUCAAAAGAAAGGAAAAGCCACCACGACUACGGAAGCAACCAGCAAUCACGCGGAAGAAGAGCCCACCGAGGAGGCUCAUGGGGAAGUCCUUCAGUCUGGGUAUUUGCAGAACGAGCAAGGCAUAGCAGAGGCUGCCGAUUUGGAAGUCUAUCCACCUUUGUCAGACGCUCGAGUGGAGGAGAUUAAGGCUUCCGAGGAAGUAGGGCGAGAGCCUCAGUCCGAGGAAGCCGACUCCUCUGAGGAAGAAGUUCCAGAACCUCGAGUCGAGGAAAGUAGAGUUCAAGCGGAAGAAGUCCCAAAGCCGCGAGCCGAGGAGGUGCCUGCCCCUAUGGAAGAAAAUCAAGCACCUGACCAAGAGCUUGAGGAGAGUGCUGCUGAACCUGAAGCAGAGCAGUCUCUCAUCACCGCCGAGCCGGUCGAAUCUCUUCCCACUGAACCAAUCGAGUCGCAGUCCACUGGACCAGCCGAAUCUGUGGCACCUGAAGACGAAACCACUGAGGCUAUGGAGGCUGCAAUUACCCAGGCUACCGAAUCCGCGCCGGCAGUGGAAACCACAUUGGAAAUCGAGACGCCAUCUUCCCCUGAACUUGAUCCUGUGGAGCAACAGAUCCUGGACGAAAUCUCUAUGAGUCCUGCCAAGAAGAGGCACAUAGAGGAAGCAUCGAAAGCCAAAUCAACGGAAGCAGCGACUCCUGAUGCUCCGGUGGAUCUCCCACCAUUGAAGCAUGAGGACUCAUUCGAGGAAAUGGAUGCGCUUGAGGACGCUCUCGAGGAGGUUGGGAAGUCAUUGAGCGCCGCUGAGACUCCGGCUAUGGACGACUCUAACAAGACAAAGCCUGCGCCCAAGAAGAACGUUGCUUCUACUAAUGCAAAGCCUAAGGCUGCUCCUCGGCCGUCCACAACUAUGAAGCCUGUUCCUAAAAGAGCAUCUACGGCCCCAUCUACGAAGCCUCCUACCAAGCCUGCCACGAAGUCUGCUGCACCUAAUCCCAAGCCUACCGCGAGAUCUGCCACGGCACCAGUGCCUACUGCUAGGCCUUCACACGUUCGUUCAGCGAGUACUCGGGCCGCGCCGACCAAGGAAGAAGGCUCCACAGGUAACAAACAGCGGUCUGCGGGCCAGGUCGUUGAUUAUCUUGCGAUGAAGCGCCGCCCAGUGUCUGUGUCUUUCCCUACUCCGCCACCUCCUCCCAAAUCGACGAAACAGCCGACCACGUCGACAUUCCAGUUGCCUGGAGAAGCAAUCGCUGCUAAGUUGAAGGCUCAGAAAGAGGAGCGGUUGAGGCGUGAAGCGGAGAAAGCUGCCAAUGGUGAGCAAAGCAAGGCACAGGAUGAGAAGGAGGCGGCGGAGAAGAAGAAGCGGGAGUUCAAGGCCCGUCCGCUUCCAAGCUUCAUCAGGAAACCUGGGGCGUCGGCACAAGUUCGUCAGACAGCCGCAAGCCGUGCCCGCGAAGGCUUGAUGCAUGGUGGCGCGGACGCGCAAGAUGGCACUCUCAAGCGUGGCAGCAUCAUCCGCGCGGAGCCCGACGCUGGCGGUAAACGCCAGAGCACUGUUGAUGCAAAGCACAGCCGUACCCUUCCUGCCCGUCCUGCUCCUGCACAGCGCUCAUCCAGUGCUUCCAGCUCGGCGGUUGGGGCUCAACAGCGUGCCACGUCGUCGCAGUCUUCUGUUGGCUCGUCCGUCUCGUCAACAACAGCCGCUGCGCUGAACGCUGCCGCCAACACCUCGACCACUACGGCUAAGCCUCGUGUUCCGUCAGCAGCUUCCUCACAAGGCCCGCACCCACCGUCUUCGAAUUUCUCUUUCCGGUCUGGCCCUGUCACCAAGUCCGAGGUCACGACUGCAGACAAGCAGGCGCUGAAGCAGAAGGCCAAGGCCAUCUUCAACAGAGACAAGGUAGAGAAAGAACGCCUGGAACAAGAGAAGCGUGAGAAGGAGGAAGCGGCUAAGCAGGCGCGCGCGGCAGCAGCGGAAAGGGGAAGGCUGGCAAGCCGAGAGUGGGCGGAGAAGAUGAUGAAGAAGAAAAUGGAAGCAAAGGCGGCUGCUCCCAAGCCUGCGGCGGCUUGA